AUGGUACCAAUGAAGCAGCUGCAAAUAAUUCCGGAAAAUAACUCUUCUUUAAUUCCCGUUGUGGAUCCCAUACCGGUAACAGCAUUCUGUCUUCCCGUCAUUUCUUUUCAAAACGAUCAAAAUGGCAACGCUUUAUUGGGACUGAAUUUGUCACCUUGUACAACAUACCUCAAACAUCUAUGUCCACGAGUAAGAAGCAGGCCUUCCAAAGAGUGUAAUGAGAUUUGUGAAUCCAUGAGGAAGUACAGGGAGGAAUCCAGAAUAACCGAAGAAAAGAAACUAGCAAUAGAACGUUUCCGAGAAGAGUUAGAAUUUUAUUUUACUAACGCCCUUCGCGACUUAGGUGGAAGAAGAGUUGUUCUGGAAGUCUAUGGAUCAACUAAAAAUGGUUUCGGUACCAAGGACUGUGAUGUGGACAUGAGUUUGACAUUCAAACCUGACUGCCCACCCUGGGUGUCGGAUGGCAAUGGUAUCUCUGCAGCUGAUGCAGUAAUGAGAGAAGUUGCCAAAGUUCUAGUAGAUUAUCCCAACACACUAGAUGAAAGGUUCAUUUCGGCUAAAGUACCAAUUGUACGGUUUCGAGGUGUUCAAAUGGACAUCGAAGCUGAUAUCAGCUUUGAUAACCAAUUGGCGAUUCAUAACACUUCUUUGAUUAGUUAUUACUACUAUUGGGAUCCUAGACGUUUACCUGCUGUUGGAGUUUGGAUAAAAACAUGGGCCAAAAGAUGUGGCAUAGGUGAUGCUUCGAAAGGUGGACUGUCAUCUUACGCUUGGAUUAUUAUGUUAAUACAUUACUGUCAAAAUACCGGCAAUCCCCCUUUCCUUCGAAGGUUGCAGAUGGAGCCAAAACAUGGAAUAACUGAAGAAGUGUUUGUGUCUUCAUGGAACGUCUACUUUUGGAAAUUCUGUAAUCCUCAUGAAAAUCUGCAUGAAGAUACUUCAGUCUAUGAUCUUUUCAUAGGCUUCUUAGAAUAUUAUAUAGCUUUUUUAUCAAUGAGACGAAAAGAAGUCAUCCAGAUCAGACAAUCAUGUAUCGUUUAUAAAACUUCUGUACCUAAAUGGUCAAAGCAUGAGUUGUGUGUUGAGGAUCCUUUCGAACUGGAUCACAACUUAGCACAGGGAGUCAGCCCUGAAAUGUGUGACUAUAUUCUGGCUUGUCUAAUCCAUUCACGAAAAGUUUUUCUUGAUCGUCGUUUGAGAAAAACUUUUUUAACUAACAGAAAUGCUACUAAUAUCAAUGUAAUUGAUGGGGAUCUUUUAACUGAUUAUGGGAAUUUUUUGCUCCGUUGUUGCGUGCUCGACAAAGAACCGCCACUUAGACAUUUUAUCCGGGAUCGAACUUAUAGCCAAGCCACUAACCUGAGUGGAGAAACAUUUUAG